AUGGUUCGCUUGCGAGAGAUACCGCGCACAGCCGCGUUCGCCUGGUCUCCAGGAACUUCGAAGCCGCUGCUGGUCACCGGAACCCGUGCUGGAGCUGUUGAUGAUGAUUUCUCCGAUGAGACCAAGCUUGAAAUCUGGGACCUUGAUCUCGACGACGAAGAUCAGGGUCUCGAGCUCCAGCCUGUGGUUAGCAUUAAUACUGACUCAAGCUUGAACAUUAGCUUCUACGACAUUGCCUGGGGACCUCCCGAUGAAGACCAUCCCAGGGGUAUCAUUGCCGGCGCCUUGGAGAAUGGUUCCCUCGACCUCUGGGAUGCCAAGAAACUCGCAGAGGGAGCUUCCGAUGCUCUGAUUGCGCGAACGACGAAACACACGGGACCUAUUAAGGCGUUACAGUUCAACACCCUAAAGCCGAACAUUCUUGCUACUGCCGGCGCGAAAGGCGAGAUCUUCGUCUACGAUGUCAACGACCCGUCCAGCCCUUUUCGCCUUGGUACUGCCGCUGCGCGUGCCGAUGAUAUCGAGUGCCUGGCCUGGAAUAGGAAAGUGUCGCACAUUCUGGCGACUGGAGGGACUGGCGGCUUUGUGACUGUGUGGGAUUUGAAGACCAAGAAGCCCUCUCUUACUCUGAAUAAUAAUCGCAAGCCUGUUAGCGCGAUCGCGUGGGACCCCAACAACUCGACCAAGCUGCUAACUUCGACUCCGGAUGAUAACACCCCCGUCAUCUUCCUAUGGGACCUGCGCAACUCGAAUGCUCCGGAGAGAGUCCUCCAGGGCCACGAGCAAGGUGUCCUGUCCCUCUCAUGGUGCCAACAGGAUAGCGAUCUCCUUCUCUCAUGCGGCAAGGAUAACAAGACUAUCGUAUGGAACCCGCAGACCGGCGAGCGUUACGGCGAGUUCCCCGAGGUUACGAACUGGACUUUCUUGACGAGGUUUAACCCUCAUAACCCCAACCUGACCGCCACUGCCAGCUUUGACGGCAAGAUCACGAUCCAGACCUUGCAAAACACCAACCCCUCCACUUCUCAGGCUGCUGCGCAAAACUCCCUCGACGGAGAAGAUUUCUUCACGAGCGCGCAGACCCAGCCUCAAGAUACUUUCUUCUCCUUGCCAAAGGCACCGAAAUGGGCCGAGCGUCCGAUCGGCGCGUCAUUCGGCUUCGGUGGGAAGCUCGUAAUUUUCAAGAAGGUAGAGGCCGGCGGCAAGCGGUCGUCCAAGGUUAUCAUUACCCACUUCUCUGCGGAUACUGAGGUCAGCUCCGCGAGUGAGAAGUUCGAGGAAGCCCUACAAUCGGGCGACAUCUCAGCCAUUUGCGAAUCGAGGAUUGAGGAGGCAGCCACGGAUGAGGAUAAGGCCGACUGGAAGGUUAUCCAGACAUUGGCGAGUGAGAAUGCCAGGCAGAAGAUUGUUGAACAGCUCGGCUUCAAGCAAGAAGAUGUUACUAAUGGUGUCGCUACGACGGACCCGAAGACUGAAGAGAAGGCCGAUGAGGGUGCUAAGUCUGGCCUCUUCGAAGAGGAUGCCGAAGCUGAAGGAGAUGGGGACGACGACUUCUUCUCAAAGGGCGCCGCAGCUACAGCUACGGACAAUGGCCCGUUCCAAAUUCUCGGCGACGAAGAUAGUGAUAUUGACAAGGAGAUCACCAAGGCCAUCAUGCUUGGCAACUUUGCCAAGGCAGCAGACCUUUGCCUCAAGGAAGACCGGAUGGCUGAUGCAUUCUUGAUUGCCAAUUGCGGUGGUCAGGAAUUGGUCGAUAAGGUUCAGGCCGCCUACCUCGCGAAGAAAGACGGCUCCCCCAGCUAUAUUAGACUUCUCAGCUCUGUCAUCGCCAAGGACCUCAAGGAUGUCGUGAAUAAUGCCGACCUCUCGAACUGGAAGGAGGUGAUGGCGGUGCUUUGCACGUUCUCGAGCCCAGACGACUUCCCGGGUCUCUGCGAGGCUCUCGGCGACAGGAUUAUUACCCAGGGAGCUCGACAGGAUGCCUCAUACUGCUACUUGGUUGGCUCCAAGUUGGAGAAGGUGGUUCCAAUCUGGAUCUCGGUCCUCGAGGAGGCUGAGAAGGCCGGUCUUAGUGAGUCUAAGGGCGGCUCUUCCUUUUCCGUUCACGCGAAGACGCUGCAAGACUUCAUUGAGAAGGUCACCGUCUUCCGACACGUCUCGAAGUUCCAGGACACUGGUGCGGGAGCUACGUCCGAGUGGAAAUUGGCCGCUCUGUACGACAAGUAUAUAGAAUACGCGGACAUCGUCGCGGGACAUGGCCAACUAGCUACGGCACAAAAAUACCUCGAUCUCCUCCCAGCAGAAUACCCUGCUGCCGAGAUAGCCAAGAACCGCGUGAGGCUUGCAACCAAGAAGGCGGCCCCUCAGCCCGCGGCGAAGCAGGCGAAGCAGACGACCAGCAGGGCCCCAUCAAGAGUUCAGCCUGCAUUCGGAUAUCAGCCUCCGCAACCCGCCCCUGUGGCAACCCCCAUUGCGCCUCCCGCUCCUGCUGUCAAUCCCUAUGCGCCUCCCUCAGUCACGCCAUACGCUCCCCAUGCUGCUGCUGCUGCUUCUCCAUAUGCGCCGCCCGCUCCCUCCGGAUACCAGCCCCCUUCGGUCCAGCCUCCUUAUGGCGCACCUACCGGCUACGGUCCUCCCCCCACCAACUUUGGCGCGCCGCCCCGAAAAGCCACACCUUCGAAGCCUCCACCAUCUCAGGAUAAGAACAUGGACAACUGGAACGAUGUGCCUUUCGUAACCAAGGCUCCUCCUCGCAGAACCACCCCCAGCGUACCCCCCGUCACUCUACCAUUCGGAACCCAACCCGGGCAACCAGGACCUCCGCCUCCGGGCACGUUCAGCCGUACGGGUGCUACUCCUCCGCCGCCGCCACCCAAGGCUGGAUCCGGACCACCUCGUGUUACUUCUCCCCUAGCGGGGCCACCCCAAACGUUCGGCCACCAGCAGCCUCCGCGUCCGUCUUCGACAGCGGCCAGCGCCUACGCCCCUCCUCCUCCGCAGGCAGGUGCUAUCCCCUCUCCCAUCCAGCCAGUCGUUCCCAGGGUUGCGUCGCCUUAUAGCGCACCUCCAACUGGGCCGCCGCCUUCCAACAAGUACGCGCCGGCGCCGUCCCCUCAAAUCCAAUCUCAAGUACACCAGCCGCCUCCGCCCGCGCAUCCUUACGGAGCCCCUCCACAGCAACAAGGACCCCCCAAGAACCCGUAUGCGCCGGCAGCGUUCCCUACAGCUCCGGAGCAGCAUGCCCGGCCACCUGUUUGCCCGCCUCCAUCUUCAAGGCCGCCGCCGCCAGCCUCGGGACCUCCUCCGGCAGCUCGGCCCCCUCCCCCGUCCGCACAACAACCUCCCCGCGCAGCCGCACCACCCAAGGCUAGGCAUCCCCCCGGCGACCGGUCGCACAUCCCCGCGAAUGCUCAGCGAUUGGUUGAUAUCCUCACCCGUGAUAUGCAGCGCGUAGCGGCUCGUGCUCCGCCAAACUUUGCGCCGCAGGUCAAGGAUACGCAGAAGCGCCUGGGUCUACUCUUUGACCAUCUCAAUAAUGGGGAGCUCCUCAAGCCUGACACGAUAGAGAAGCUAUCGGAGCUUGCGGCGGCGAUUGAGUCGAAGAGCUACGAUGCGGCCUCUAGUAUUCAAGUCAAUAUUCAAACUACUAAGACUGAAGAGUGCGGAAACUGGAUGGUCGGAGUAAAGAGGCUCAUCAUGAUGAGCAAGAACACGCCCGAGUAA